AUGCUGUCGAAAAGAAAGUAUUAUUCAGUCGUACUGGAUAUUGAAAAAAAAUCUAAAAAAUUACAUGAAAAACAACGUCAAACAAAAGAAUGUUCUAAACAAACAUUAUUAACUAAUAUUGAACAACAAGGAAAAGUACAAUUUUCGAGUGGACAAAAAAUAACAAAAGUAGCACCAAUCAAUCGCGGUGUUAAUUUUGAUCUACAUGAUAAAUGGACUAAAGUUGAUCUUGUCAUUUAUAAAAGUCAAGUACUUAUUGAUGCAACACCUGAGUAUCUUAGUGAAUAUUUUAUGUUACGAAGUGCAUCAAGGCUUUUACCUGUUAUAACAUUAGCUUCUCAACCGAUUGAAAAAAUUUUAGAUAUGUGUACAUUAAUACGCAAUAGUGGUAUAUUAGUAGCAAAUGACGCUAAUAAAGAUCGUGCGAAAGCAAUUAUUGCUCAUAAAUAUAGAUUAGGUUUAUCAAAUACAAUUGUAAUAAAUCUUGAUGAACGAGAUUUUUUUGAAGUAAAUAGUUUUAUAGAAGAAAUUUAA